CAAUCUAAACUUGCAUCUAGUAAUAGUCCUCUUUCAAGGAUGAUGAGUGUAACCGUGAGAAGUUUGCCUUCAGAUGAGUUUUUCAUCGUGAUCUGUAGAUCAUUUAAUAAAGCGAUGAUUCUCAAAAAUUAGCACUAUUUUUAAAUUGAAUUUCAAUUUUACCUAAUUUAAAUGCUUCAAUCAGGAUUUCAAUUGAUGGAUCUGUACAGUAAAAGACACAAAUAACCAAAAUGGCCUUCGCGGGUUUGAAGAAACAAAUCAACAAAUGUAACCAGUAUGUCACAGAAAAAAUGGGAGGUGCUGAAGGCACUAAACUGGACUUGGAUUUCAUGGACAUGGAAAGGAAAACUGAUGUGACAUACGAGUUGGUUGAGGAGCUCCAAGUCAAAACGAAGGAAUUCCUUCAACCAAAUCCUACAGCUAGAGCAAAAAUGGCAGCAGUAAAAGGCAUCAGUAAAUUGAGCGGCCAAGCUAAAUCUAAUACCUAUCCACAACCUGAGGGUGUACUAGGGGACUGUAUGCUGCUUUAUGGAAAAAAAUUAGGAGAUGACAGCAUGUUCGGUCAGGCUCUAGUAGAAAUGGGUGAAUCCUUGAAGCAGAUGGCAGAUGUAAAAUACUCACUUGAUGACAAUAUCAAGCAGAACUUCUUGGAACCCUUACAUCACUUACAAACUAAGGAUCUCAAGGAAGUUAUGCAUCACAGGAAAAAACUGUCUGGGCGAAGGCUGGACUUCGAUUGUAAACGAAGAAGACAGGCAAAAGUUAAGUGCCAGUCAAGUCCUUUGAAAACGCAGGGACAUGGUGUUGGUUCCCAUAUUACAGAUGAAGAGAUUAAGACUGCUGAAGAUAAAUUUGCAGAAUCGCUGCAUCUUGCUCAAAUGGGCAUGUUCAAUUUAUUAGAGAAUGAUGUAGAACAAAUAUCUCAGUUAGCAACAUUUGCAGAAGGUCUCUUGGACUAUCAUAGCCAAUGUACAGAUAUAUUGAGGACACUUACUGAAACGUUACAAGAAAAGAGAGAAGAAGCUGCACAGCGUCCUAAGGUUGAAUUCGUACCAAAAUCUUUGACAGAUCUGAAUAUAGAAGGUGUCUUGGAUGGAGUUAAUGGUACACAUCAUAGCAAUUCAAGUUUGAAUGUUCAAAAUCACAAUUCUUACAAUAUUUCCAACAAUCAGUUCAAAAAACCUGCUGUACCUAAAUCUAUUCCCAAUCGUACACAACCAGAUCCCUUUGACCCCUGGAGCUAUACCCAAGCAUCUCCAUUGCCGUCCCCAAUGAAAUCUCCUGCCAGGACACCGAUGAUUAAGCAGCCCUGUUGCACAGCACUUUAUGACUUCGAUCCUGAAAAUCCUGGGGAACUCGGAUUCAAGGAGAAUGAUAUCAUCACACUUUUGAAUAAAAUAGAUGAAAACUGGUUUGAGGGCAGCAUAAAUGGCCGCACAGGCUACUUUCCAGUGAAUUAUGUGAGAGUAGAUGUUCCAUUACCAUGAGUUACGGGUUAAAAUAAAUUUCAAAAACCCCAAUAUAUUAUAAUUUCUGCUCUGCAUGUUUAUAUUCAGUUGUUAUAUUUUGUUAUUCAACUGCACUCAGUGAAUUUGGCCAUUAAUAAAAAACUAGUGAUAAAAAAAGCAUUUAAUCAUUUAAAAGUACUGAAAUUAUUAAAGAUCUUCCUUAGCAGAGUGAAAUUAAUUUUGUAAAUGUGUGUAUAUAUUGUUUUAAAUAAAUAUGCUAUUUUAAAUUCAGAUUAUUAGGAGUGCAGUUGAGUCCGAGUCAUUUGAAUGAUGAAUUAUGAUGAUUUUAUCAAUCGAUUUUGAGACAAAUUUAUGUGAAAGAUAUGCUUUUUUGUAAAUAUUGUAUUUUAGCUUAGUUAUUAUAUAAUUAGUAGUUUGUUAGAACACAAUCUUCAAGAUAUAGUUUAUAUGAUUAUUCAAAAUACAUCAGAAAACAUUUCGAAAAUUAUGGCUGCUUAUCGUUGACGAAGCAUUGAAUUGCAUAAAAUGAAUAUUGUAAAUGUUAAUAUUCUUGUAACUCAACAAUUUGGAAUAAAAUUGAAGAAAUUGUGAUUGCUUGAAAUCCUAUUUUUGAAAAUUCACUGAGAAUAGAUGAUUUUGCAAUUUUAAUGUAAUGACAAAUAACUUACAUAUGUAGCUUAUAACCAAGGGGAUAAAUUAGAAGAGAUGAAAGAAUAAUUUUUUAUUCAGCAAGUGAUUUGAAGAAUACGAACUGGUAAUUGUUUCCUAAAAUUUUCAUUUUGACGCUUAACUUUUCAAAAAGUUUGUUUUAGGGUUAACAAUUCGUGGAAUUAUUAUUAUUUGAUCAAUAUGAUUUAAUUUCGAAGUCUGUUCACAAGAAAGAAUAAGAGAUCAAAAAUAUGGUGCUGUCAGCAUUCUCAUACAUGGUUCUUUAAAAAAAAAACAAUAUUUAAAAAUCGAAAAUAGCCAAAAAAUGUUAUUGCAUGACAUGGAAAUUCAAUGUUGAUAUAUAAAUUAAGGAAAAUUUUUGUUAAUGUUUGUAUAAUAUUGUGAAUUUCUACUGAAACUUUAUUGCAUUGUGAUCAGGAAAUCUUUACGAGGAUUGAAGAAAUAUAUUCAAGUAAGUUGUGCCGCAUCAUGAUACAUACAUUUAGAUGUCUUUCAAAGCAUAAUAAUAUCCGCAACUUUUAAAAGAGCUUUUUGCAAAUAUGACACCGAUAAAGUUUUGGCUGAAAUACUAAUAAUUAAACGUUCGUCAUUUGACAUGCUGUAGAUGUAUUUCUUAUAAUUGUGUAAAACACCAGAUGAAACUGGUAUGCAUUUUGCUUUAUAUUGAGUUGAAUUCAAAUUGUUAAGGGCCAUUCUAAUGAAAAUUUCAUUUAUCGUGAUGAAUACUCUGAUCCUUGUUUAUAAUUAAUAUAUUAUAUAUUUACCACACAUUAACUCACUUCGUGAAAUUCUUUGCUAAUUAGAAGUUAUUCUUGAUAUUCUGUGUACCGACUUAAUAUAGAGCAAAUUGGUCAUAUAAAUAUAUUAAAUAUCUGGUUCACGACAAUACAUUAGAUUUAAAGUUGAAUAAGUAUAACCAAUUAAGAUAUUGUUAUAAGACUAUAAUAAUUCCUAACAUCCAGUCAGGCUAGAAUAAUUGAUUUGAAAAAACUAGAACAGAGCAGCUUAUUCAAUUCAAAAUAAUAAUUUGUUCCAGUUUAUUUCAAGGUGAGAAAAUACAAGGACUGGACUAUCGUUGAAUAGGAUACUCUUUUUUCACAUUUUAAUAAACUAGUUUUCUUCAUUCGGAGUGGAAUUUCAAAUCCCAAGAAUGGAAUAUUAAAUUCUUUUCUGUAGUCAUGAUGAUUAUAUCAAUAUUAUCGAUCUCAAAACCGCAAUAUUUGUUGAAAGCUGUAAUAAACCUUCAUAUUAUGAUUUAUCGCAAUCAAUCUGACAAAGAAAUUCUUUCCGUAGUUAGUUUGAUUACAGAGUGAAAUUGUCUUCAAUAGCACCUCAAGAAACAUGAAAGUAUUGUGUUAUUUUUUGCCAUAUUUUUUUAAAUGUAGCAUGUUACCAAACCAUAAUAUUGUUAAUACACAUGUAUACAAUUUGAAUGUUACCGUAUUUGUGCAUUAAUAAAAAAUGUGUCACAUUGA